AUGGGGCCCGAGGGUUGGUACUUCAGUGGCGAAGGCGACUCCUUGAAAGAAGAUCCUUUACAUGGAUACAAGAAGCUGAAGGAGCUUUACUACCACGCGGAUCCUUCAUAUUCAGGCCGAUAUACCGUGCCCGUUCUCUGGGACAAAAAGACUGAUACCAUGGUAAACAACGAAUCAUCCGAAAUCAUUCGUAUGUUCUAUUCAGAGUUCGACGAUCUGCUACCCGUCCAUCUAAGGGAAGAAAGUAAACCCUGGGGUGGCCUUUACCCUGAACAUAUCCGCAAGGACAUAGACACCAUGAAUGAAUGGGUGUACAACACUGUCAAUAACGGUGUGUACAAGACUGGGUUCGCGACUUCCCAAGAAGCCUACGAGGCAAAUAUCUACCCCAUCUUUGCUUCUCUCGAUCGAUUAGAAGAGCACCUAUCGCACGGAAAGCCUUACCUCUUUGGUGAUCAUAUUAGCGAGGCGGAUAUCCGCCUGUAUACAACGCUGGCGCGUUUUGAUGUUGCCUACUACAGCGUCUUCAUGUGUAACCUCAAAAUGAUCCGAUACGACUACCCACGACUUUAUCUAUGGCUAAGGCGGCUUUACUGGGACCAAGACGAGAAUGGAGAGGCAAGAGCUGCUUUCUACAAGACCACAGCGCCGUACAUAAAGCACUACGCGUGGGGAUACGCCGACUCGCGCAACAAGGUCGUCCACAAAAGCGCGGCGCCAGUAGUAGUUCCUGUCGGGCCGGCUGUGCUAAUUGAUCCCUUGCCCAAGUCAGAAUGA